CUAUGCAUUAGGGAUCUUUUAUUUAGAGUAAUUAGAAAUAUGCAGAGUUAGAUAUGUUUAGAAAAGAUGUAAGAGAGAAGUUUUGUACUAAAUUUGAUAAUCAAAAAACAGUGCUAUAAAAAGCCAAGGAAUCAUAAUUGAAUGCUCAUCAAUCAUUUUUCAGAAAUAGUUAAUCACCUAAAGCAUAAAAAAAUUCAUAAUAAUAAUCUCCAAUUAGAAUCAAACAAUACUCUAAACACUCUCCUGGUAGAUUGUCUUUUCAAAGAUCCAGUAUUGAUGCUGGUAAUGUUAAUUCUACGUAUACAAAUUCAUUGAAUAUUUAUUAGCUUGAAUAUACCAAAAAAGACUCUAAAUGAAAUUGUGGCUGUAGAAAAAAUUUAGGAUUUAGCCAGAGCGUUAAAAGGGUAAAGCUAUGCGGCUACAGAUUUAUAUAUGUAAGAAUUAAGAAAGUUAUCUAAAAUGGUUUUAAAUGAAUGAAUGUAUG